CCAGCGCGAUAAAUUAAAAUUAUUCCGGAUGCGAAAAUAAAAAUUUAUGUAGCCAACUAUCUCUUAUGCAUUGCAUUUUUACUUGAUCAACUGUAUGCACAUGUUUUUAUUGCGGUAGAUUAAUACUACAAUUUGUUAAAGUAAAUAACUAAUUGUUGAAGUGAGUGUUCGUGGAGAAGUAGCAUAAUGGUCCUCAUACUUCUGCUUUUGAUGCUUUGUGCGAAAUUCCACGAAGUUGCCAUGGAAUAUAAUGAAGGAGCAGGAGCUUUGGUCAUGUUUAUUGAUCCAGUAUUCACGUGCAAUGAUGGCACUCGUAUCCGCGGACGUCAAUUAUGCGAUGGAAAAAGAGACUGCACUCAGUAUGAAGAUGAAGAUGAACCCAUUUGUCCCGGCGAAGGGACUAAACUAACAGUAAACGAUGAAAAUGUAGCCGAUACCGAUCUCUACUACAGAGUUAACGAAACGUUGGAAGUAGUUUGUAAUGGAGAUACGGUACACAUCGUAUGGAAAGGUCCACCGAAUAGCUGGAAUAUUCCAGAAACACAGAGGGCAACAAGCAAUCGUGUCGACGCGGAACGUAUUAAAAAUAAGAAAAUAGCAUUGAAAAUCAAAGCAAUCCAGACCAUCGACGAAGGAACCUACAUCUGCGAAGUAGCCAAAGGAAAAAACACUAUAAAAUCAAAACGUUUCGAACUCUACGUAAUUGAUCCUGUUCAAAUAACUGACUUUUCACAAAGCACAACUACCAGGGAAGGUGGCUACGUUGAGCUGAGAUGUCUAUCAACAGGCCACCCUAAGGCAAUUCUGAAUUGGUAUUUCAACGAAGUACAUUCCUAUGGAACAUCACAUUCUUACAAACUUAUCGAUGGCCAAACCAAUUCACAUAUUUUCAAAUUGGACGGCGAUAAUUUACUCAUCAGCAAUAUAACUUACCGAGAGGCGGGCAGGUAUAGGUGUGAGGCGAUUCAAGAUAUCGAAAAAGGUUCCACGGAUAGACGAACCAUCGAUGUGAAUGUUGAACAUAAACCGUACCCCUCGAAGAAUCAUACCAUUUACGAGAAGAAGCUCCACACAUAUGUCGAAGUGCCAUGUGAAAUGGUCGCCAAUCCUGAGCCUUUCUACACGUGGUUUCAAAAUGUCAAUGGCACAUUUCAAAUGAUUAGUCCUCCGAGUCCAGAUAGACUGCUCAAAAUAAAUUUCAACCAAGAGUCGCAAUUCGGCGAAUACAAAUGUCAGGCUAAUAAUGAAAUUGGUUACAAUUGGCAGUAUAUUUCAUUAAUUCCAUUGGAAAACCCAAGACCACCGAAAAUCGAACUGUAUACAGUAACAAAAACUUACGCCUAUCUUAAAGCUAUAGCUGAGAGAAACAGUAGCUUCAUUUUCUAUAAUAUCGAAUUCAAGAAAAAGGAUACCAGAGAGUGGACUGGUAUGAAUGUUACUCUAGGUGAAACCUGGGAUACGAAAUACGAAAUACAAAAUUUAUACGAAAAAACGAGUUAUAUCAUAAGAGUAAGAUCUAUCAACGAUUUGGGUAUGAGUGAGCCAUCAAAUGAAAUAGAAUUUACCACAGCAUAAGGAUGAGAAUUUACCAGGGCGUCAGGAAUACGACUCGCCGCAUCAUUUAUUGAAUUAUUAGCUAUUUUGAUUAGACAUAUGUUUUAAAUAUUCUCUGGAAAGUGAAAAAAUAAAAAAGAGAAGUUUGUA